CCUCUGGUUGGAAAGUUUCUAGAAUCUCUUCCCAGCGGCCUUUGCGGUUCCAACAUGGCGGAGCUGACGGUGGAGGUUCGUGGCUCCAACGGGGCUUUCUACAAGGGAUUUAUCAAAGAUGUUCAUGAAGACUCCCUCACAGUUGUUUUUGAGAACAACUGGCAGCCAGAACGCCAGGUUCCAUUUAAUGAAGUUAGAUUACCACCACCGCCUGAUAUAAAAAAAGAAAUUAGUGAAGGAGACGAAGUAGAGGUGUAUUCAAGAGCAAAUGACCAAGAACCAUGUGGAUGGUGGUUGGCUAAAGUUCGAAUGAUGAAAGGAGAGUUUUAUGUCAUUGAAUAUGCUGCUUGUGAUGCCACUUACAAUGAAAUAGUCACAUUUGAACGACUUCGGCCUGUCAAUCAAAAUAAAACUGUCAAAAAAAAUACCUUCUUUAAAUGCACAGUGGAUGUUCCUGAGGAUUUGAGAGAGGCGUGUGCUAAUGAAAAUGCACAUAAAGAUUUUAAGAAAGCAGUAGGAGCAUGCAGAAUUUUUUACCAUCCAGAAACCACACAGCUAAUGAUACUGUCUGCCAGUGAAGCAACUGUGAAGAGAGUAAACAUUUUAAGUGACAUGCAUUUGCGAAGUAUUCGUACGAAGUUGAUGCUUAUGUCCAGAAAUGAAGAGGCCACUAAGCAUUUAGAAUGCACAAAACAACUUGCGGCAGCUUUUCAUGAGGAAUUUGUUGUGAGAGAAGAUCUAAUGGGCCUGGCAAUAGGAACACAUGGUAGUAACAUCCAGCAAGCUAGGAAGGUUCCUGGAGUUACAGCUAUUGAGCUAGAUGAAGAUACUGGCACAUUCAGAAUCUAUGGAGAGAGUGCUGAUGCUGUAAAAAAGGCUAGAGGUUUCUUGGAAUUUGUGGAGGAUUUUAUUCAGGUUCCUAGGAAUCUUGUUGGAAAAGUAAUUGGAAAAAAUGGCAAAGUUAUUCAGGAAAUAGUGGACAAAUCUGGUGUGGUUCGGGUGAGAAUUGAAGGAGACAAUGAAAAUAAACUACCUAGAGAAGAUGGUAUGGUUCCAUUUGUAUUUGUUGGCACUAAAGAAAGCAUCGGAAAUGUGCAAGUUCUUUUAGAGUACCAUAUUGCUUAUCUAAAGGAAGUAGAACAGCUAAGAAUGGAACGCCUACAGAUUGAUGAACAGCUACGACAGAUUGGUAUGGGUUUCAGACCUUCUUCCACCAGAGGGCCUGAAAAGGAAAAAGGAUAUGCCACUGAUGAAAGUACCGUCUCUUCUGUACAAGGUUCUAGGUCUUAUAGUGGAAGAGGCAGAGGUCGUCGGGGCCCUAAUUACACCUCCGGUUAUGGUACAAACUCUGAGCUGUCUAACCCCUCUGAAACAGAAUCUGAGCGUAAAGACGAGCUGAGUGAUUGGUCAUUGGCAGGAGAAGAUGAUCGAGAGAGCCGACAUCAGCGUGACAGUAGGAGACGCCCAGGAGGAAGAGGGAGAAGUGUUUCAGGGGGUCGAGGUCGUGGUGGACCACGUGGUGGCAAAUCCUCCAUCAGUUCUGUGCUCAAAGAUCCAGACAGCAAUCCAUACAGCUUACUUGAUAAUACAGAAUCUGAUCAGACUGCAGACACUGAUGCCAGCGAAUCUCAUCACAGUACUAACCGUCGUAGGCGGUCUCGUAGACGAAGGACUGAUGAAGAUGCUGUUCUGAUGGAUGGGAUGACUGAAUCUGAUACAGCUUCAGUUAACGAAAAUGGGCUAGAUGAUAGUGAAAAAAAACCCCAGCGACGCAAUCGUAGCCGCAGGCGUCGUUUCAGGGGUCAGGCAGAAGAUAGACAGCCAGUCACAGUUGCAGAUUAUAUUUCUAGAGCUGAGUCUCAGAGCAGACAAAGAAACAUCCCAAGGGAAACUUUGGCUAAAAACAAGAAAGAAAUGGCAAAAGAUGUGAUUGAAGAGCAUGGUCCUUCAGAAAAGGCAAUAAAUGGCCCAACUAGUGCUUCUGGCGAUGAAAUUUCUAAGCUACAGCGUACUCCAGGAGAAGAAAAGAUUAAUACCUUAAAAGAAGAAAACACUCAAGAAGCAGCAGUCCUGAAUGGUGUUUCAUAAACUGAAGAAGUUCCUAGUUUACAGUUCUUUUACAUUACAUUUUACAAUAGUGCUUGUACAAGCUUGCCAAAGAUAGAAUAUGGAUCGCCAGUCUUUACAUCGCACUUUCAGUUCCUCCAUUUGGAAUUCAGAAAGGGGAGGGAUCCUGAAGAAAUCAUAUGUUAAACAUACUUUGACACCUACUGUGUUAUAAAAUAUAUCAUCAGAUGUGCCUUGAGAAUAGUAUAUGUAACAUUAAAAAAAGUUGCUGGCUAUAGGAAAUGUUAUUUUGUUUUCAAAAUAUGGCAGAGAUGGGGGGAGGAGGGUGGGGUGGGAUCCCUAACGUAAUAUUCUUUAUGAAAGCAUUAGCUGCUUUUGUUACAUUUUUAAUAAUAUGCAACCACUUCUUCACCUGAGGAAAACUAGAAUGAAAUGCAGUCUAAAAUAUUUUGCACUGAAUUGUAAUUCUUCAUUAGUUUAGUCUGGAAACUGGUCUGUUUUAAUGUGUUUUUUAAAUGCUGUAUGUUGAGGAAAAUCUGCAGACCACUGGAAUACAUUUGUUAAACUCUCAUCUGCAGGGACACUGGGUGAUAUUGGCAGUGACUGUUCUACAUUGAGGCUUUGUUUGGUUUAUUUAUUAAAGUGUACAGUAUUUAAAAAUCAAACAUAGCUUUAGUUAAAACACUAAGCUGAAUUAGUCAUGUCCAUUUCAGAGAUAACCUGAACUACUGAAAAGAUCAAUUUCCAGGUUUAUUCUGUAUAAAAGUACAUGUUAGUCUUCAGUAGAGUAUCUUUUCCUUUUUUUCUUUUUCUUUUCCUUUUUUUCUUUUUUCUUUUUUUUUUUUUUUUGAUUUUGGUUGUUUGAUGUGCAAUAUGUUUUUGUAUGCAGGUAGUAAAUAAACUUUGAUCUUCCAUUUGCUGAUUUUUAACUUUCUACUUUUUAUACCAGUAUACUUUUUAUAGCAUAGUAGUUGGAACUAGUAAUAGGCCUAGAAUAGUUAUCCUAAUUGCUUUUAAAAAAGCAUUACUUGCUCAUAAAUAGUAUAAAAGUAUUAAUUGAUGAGUUAAUUAUUUUGUAAUGAAACCUCUGAAAGCUUAAAAUUUAGUCUGUUAGAAUAGAUUGGCUUAGGGAAUUGGUCAUACAUUUAAUAAUUAGGAAAAGUUUUAUAAUCUACUCAAAGGCAACUUUUGGAAGGCAGUGGGAUAAAAUGCAUAAUUUUACUUUGGCCUUUGAUAAUUUACUAAAAAAUAUUUUUAUAAAUCAGAAUGGUGAGCAAUUUUUAAGUAAGAAGUAGACCAUGAACUUGGUUUUUGAUUCUCAAGGAAGUAAUUUUGAAGAUUGUCAAACUAAUGAUUGUAUUUUUUGUAUAUAUUUUAGCCACAUUACUUAAUUUUAGGAAGAUGAAGACUUCACAUAAAGUGUUUCAAAGAGUAAUAAUGAUAUAAUUAUGCAGAUAAUUGUGAGGUCAUAUCAGAUAAUUGUGGAUUUACUGGAGGAUUUUUUUCUAUAGUGGUAUAUAUAGACCACUGAGCAAGAAAGACAGCCCUUUCUGUCACUUGAUGUUUGAAAGUGUUUUUUAUGUGCAUAAUUUGUGUUAAUUUGUUAUGUGCAUAAAACUGUUAAGUGGUUUUAGUUAAUUUAUAAUGGCUGAAAGACAUUUCAAGGUAUUGCUAAAAAUGUAAUAAUUGUCAGGUCAGUGUACAUAUAACCCUAGACCUCACGUUUAUUAUCACUGAGGUUAACAUGUGAUGGCAUUAACUGCAUUUCCCUAAAAUCCUAAUAAUAGAAUUUAUAAGUAAGGUGUGGUAUGAAUAGUACAAUCCUUGGAUUUUGAAUUAACAGUAUCAAAUCAUAUCCUGAGUUUUAAAAAAAACCCACAGAUGUCUUUUUUAACCAUCAAAAGAAAGAAGUAAAACUGUUGGCCUUUUAAUUCUUGUCUAGAGUAACAGGGUUACAGAUUAAUUACAAGUUAAGAGAAUUUUCAUUAAUCCCCAAAGUGGUAAAUACGGUGUAAAGAAAAAAA